UGAGCGCUCGGCUACUGGGGCGCAGCGCCGGCGGAAGUGGUGACGCUGGCGUCCCCGGAGCCUGCAGCGGGAGGCUGUGACGGCCCCGGCGCUGACGGCGGCGGCCCGGGGGGCGGCGUGGACGCCCGCGGCGCCGGCUGGGGCAUCACCGCGGGCCUCGACCCCGAAAUGGCGCUGCUGGCCGAACACCUGCUGAAGCCGCUACCGGCGGACAAGCAGAUCGAGACCGGGCCCUUCCUCGAGGCGGUGUCCCACCUGCCGCCCUUCUUCGAUUGCCUUGGGUCCCCAGUGUUUACUCCCAUUAAGGCAGACAUAAGCGGCAACAUCACGAAAAUCAAAGCGGUGUAUGACACCAACCCAGCCAAGUUCCGGACCCUGCAGAACAUCCUGGAGGUGGAGAAAGAAAUGUAUGGAGCAGAGUGGCCCAAAGUUGGGGCCACACUGGCGCUGAUGUGGCUGAAAAGGGGCCUCCGUUUCAUCCAGGUCUUCCUUCAGAGCAUCUGCGACGGGGAGCGGGACGAGAACCACCCCAACCUCAUCCGUGUCAACGCCACCAAGGCCUAUGAGAUGGCCCUCAAGAAGUACCACGGCUGGAUCGUGCAGAAGAUCUUCCAGGCAGCGCUGUAUGCAGCCCCCUAUAAGUCCGACUUCCUGAAAGCACUCUCCAAGGGGCAGAAUGUGACAGAGGAGGAGUGUCUGGAGAAGAUCCGCCUCUUCCUAGUCAACUACACGGCCACCAUCGAUGUCAUCUAUGAGAUGUACACCCAGAUGAAUGCGGAGCUUAACUACAAGGUGUAGUCAUGCCCACCGCUGGGCACACCCCUGCCUUGAGGCCACACGGAGAAACAGGCAAACCAGAAUCACUGUGAAUCAAGUCGGCGGCUGCCCCUGGCCUGUGUCCCCCAGAGCAGCCCAGCGUCCUGCCAGAGUCUGCAGGGGCAGCCCUCAUUUUUUAAAAGUCUUUUUUUGUUUUGGUCUAUUCUAAAGGACCCGUAAAUAACGAUCUUACUUCCAAAUCUCCUUGGAAUUUCACGACAGCACAGACUGACUUAUGCCUUCAGUUCAGCGUGGUGAAAAUCGAUUAACGCUUCUAAUGAAUCAAGUCCUAGGGUUUUUUGGUUUAGUUUUGUCGCCAAUGAGGAACACAACUCUAGGGGAGUGAUGUGACCCACCUCACUUUAAAAAUAAGCACAUGAUGGCCGGGUGUGGUGGCUCCAGCCUGUAAUCCCAGCACUUUGGGAGGCAGAGGCGGGCGGAUCACCUGAGGUAUGGAGUUUGAGACCAGCCUGACUAACAUGGUAAAACCCUGUCUCUACUAAAAAUACAAAAAAUUAGCCGGGCGUGGUGGUGCAUGCCUGUGGUUCCUGCUACUUGGGAGGCUGAGGCAGGAGAAUUGCUUGAACCCGGGAGGCAGAGGUUGCAGUGAACCGAAGUUGCACCAUUGCACUCCAGCCUGGGCAACAAGAGCGAAGCUCCUCAAAAAAAAAAAAAAAAAAAGGCGGUGGAUCACUUGAGGUCAGAGUUCGAGACUAGCCUGACCAACAUGGUGAAACCUGUCUUUACUAAAAAUACAAAAUUAGCCAGGUAUGGUGGCACACACCUGUAAUCCCAGCUUCUUGGGAGGCUGAGGCAGGAGAAUUGCUUGAAUCUGGGAGGCGGACAUUGUUGUAGCCAAGAUCUCGCCACUGCACUCCAGCCUGGGCAACAGGAGUGAAACUCCGUCUCAAAAAAAAAAAAAAAGCACGUGACCUUAUAUGAGGCUCUCGCUGUAUUGCUAUUUUGGUUAUUUUAAGGACUAUGAAGAGUUUGAUUUGAAAUUAUGCAGGGUCCCUAUGUGGGUUUUUUUUUAAAAAAAAGCAAACUGAUGUGUAUUCUCAUGUGGUUUGCACAGCCCAGCCUCACAGCACCGUUAUAAACCCUGCUCUUUCUGUCUUUUGCUAGACAGGUUUUGUUUGUUUGUUUUUACAGGUGAAACCAACCAGCAAGCCCUUGAUGACCAAGAGGCGUUUCUUUCUAAGCUAUAGGGCACAAACAAUUGACCAUAGGUUGCUAGGUUUGCAUUCUUCUGCAGAGUUAUUUCCUUCAGGGACACAUUUUCCAACCUAAGAAACUACCUACUGUAUGUACUCUCUUGACGGGGAGAGAUGAACCCUUCAGCUGCUAAGACCCAAGAAAACGCCUCACUGCCUUAACCUUAACUGUUCUUCCUGGCGCUAAAAAGAGCUGUAUUUUUUAAAGUGCUGGGGCAAACAAAGCAACCCCAAAAGAAUUGAUGUGUGUUUUAAAAAAAAACCCAAUGAGGAACAAUUGGUGAUUUUUAUGUAGAAACUAAAUAAUCCUUAAUAAAUAAAUCUAUUUUGGAAUCACA